AAACCCUUUCCCCAGGCACAGGGGAGGCUGCAGAAUACAGAGAUAUGUUUAAAAAAAACCCCAAAGAAACAUAAAAGGCCCAGUUGGUGCCAUUUCCUGGGACCGGACGCGCGUUGGUCACGAGGUGAGAAGGUGUCCGAGGCUGGUGUCGCUCUCGGGACACGCCAACGACCUCCAGAGCCACCAUGGCUGGGGAAAUGGGUCAUGCCGAUCUAAGAAAUCCUGAGAAUGGGCCUUCCCCGGCUGAGAAAUGUCCUGCUCCUGCCCCAUGCCCGUGGUGGCACAGAGUCCUCCUUGCCGGGGCGCUGGGGCACCUCGUCCUGCUGGAUCUGGUGGUGCUCCGAAAUGUGAGUGUUUUUCAGGGCUUUCCAGGUCCUGAAAGUGACACCAGAGUUGAGAUCCAGGCCAGGAACCAGACGGAGCGAUGCAUCUUCCCAUCCCUGGUGCGGUACUUCUGCCAGCCCCAGGGGCAGAGCCCCCCAGCCCCUGCUGGCUGCAAGUUGUGCCCCCAGGACUGGCAGCUCCGUGGGGAGAGAUGCUACUGGCUCUCCAAGGAUUCGGGGAACUGGACUCGGGGCAGGAAAAGCUGCAAAGAUCAGGGCUCUGAGCUGGUGGUGCUCAAGAACGAGACAGAAAUGGAGAACGUCGAGAGUGUCACAGGCAGGCGCCCGUGGUCGGUGUGGGUUGGGUUGAGGUCACAGCAGAAGGAGUGGACGUGGGUGGACGACACCCCCUACGACCCCCACAGGUUUGGGGACCUGCCGGAGGUGGAUGAAGGGUGUGGGACCCUGAAAGGCAAGAGCUUGGAUGUUGAUGUCUGUGCCAGUGACCACAAGUGGGUUUGCCAAAAAGCCCCUUUCCAGCUCUCCCCGCCCACGGCAGGAGAUGUUGGGAAGCUGGAUGAUGCCUCCACCUGACACACUCCGGCAAUGGACCGUGUGGUAUAACAAAAUCAUUUAUUACAGUUCUUUCAUGGUUUAUCCACCCCGUUACAUCAGCAGUAAAUUCCAGUCAGUAGCUUUUCUCUAUAUCUACUUUUUAGCUAGGCAUUCUCUACCCAGGAGAAAAAUACUCCCAAGCAAUUUCACACACAUGCGGAUUUAUCACCACGUCUGCAUUUAUCUUGCAAGUUCCCCUUAAGUUUCUCCCAGGGUCAUAUAAUCUCAGUCCUGACACUUAAGUGUUAUUUUUAUGCUUUUACAUUACUGUAGAUAACAAUAAGCCAAGCGGCUCCAUCCCUGCUUUCCUUUGCAACCAAACUCUCCCAAAAUAAACACACAUAUUCCAACGCCCCUCCCUUCGGUGUCUUCACUCUAAACCCACCCCACGGGAGCCAAGAGUGACGGGUCAAAGAGCCAUUUAGCCCCGUCCUCAAUGGGUUCCACCGCCAGGUGAAACUGGUGGUUCUGUGAGGGCGACUGUGAGGGCAGUUCUGUGAGGGGGACUGUGAGGGCGAUUCUGUGAGGGCAGUUCUGUGAGGGGGACUCUGUGAGGGCGACUGUGAGGGCAGUUCUGUGAGGGCAGUUCUGUGAGGGCAGUUCUGUGAGGGCAGUUCUGUGAGGGGGACUCUGUGAGGGCAGUUCUGUGAGGGCGACUGUGAGGGCAGUUCUGUGAGGGCGGUUCUGUGAGGGCAGUUCUGUGAGGGGGACUCUGUGAGGGCUGUUCCGCCAUCUUGGCUCCCUCAGGGCUCCUUCAGCCACCUCGGCACCCUCGGGCGUUCCCUCGGGCCUUUCCCCGCCCCGCACGGGGCGAGCGGCCCCCGCAGCUCCCGCACCGACCAGGACACGAGGGACAGCAGUGGGGUCCUAAAAACUUUAAUACAAAU